AUGCCGAGUAAUAAUGACAGUCCCAUCGAUCAAUCCGACAGGAAGAAAAAAGCGGCAAAAGAUCGGAAGGCUUCAGCGGAAGAUUUGUACUCAUUGAAAAGUUGUCGCAGUAGUAUGACCUACGAUAACACGUUAAUUGAUGAGAUUCAGGCUCGAAUUGGUUAUAAUGUUCUAAUGAAGCUGUUCGAAUGCGGGAGAGGAGGGGAAAAAACUCUGACAUCUGUGGUACAAGCUGCGGAGAUCACCACUCUAUUGGAUUGCUUGAAAUUAGUGUUUCUCGCUCAGCCGUCAUGUAUCGAAAUCGAUGGUCCAAUAAAUAUUUGCGGGGACACCCAUGGACAAUUUUCAGAUGUUCUCCGCCUAUUCGACAAAUCUGGCUAUCCUCAUCGCGCAAACUACCUCUUCCUCGGUGACUACGUGGAUCGAGGACGCCACGGACUCGAGAAUAUUCUGAUGCUCUUCUGCUAUAAACUAAUCUUCCCCAAUCAUUUCUUUCUUUUGCGUGGCAAUCAUGAAUGUCCGUCGAUAAACAAAGUCUACGGUUUCUAUGAGGAAUGCUCGAAGAGAUAUGAGAAAGGAGGGAUCAAAGUAUGGGAAGAAUUCCAGGAUACGUUCUCAACGAUGCCGUUGACUGCUAUUGUUGGACAACGAAUUCUAUGCAUGCAUGGAGGGAUAUCACCAAGACUGAACACUCUCGACAAGCUGCGAAUGUUCCAGCGUCCCAACUAUCAACCAUCUCAUGACCAAAUCGAAAUCGAUAUUUUAUGGAGUGAUCCUUCGAAUACUGCCAAAGGAUGGAGCCCAAAUCAAAGAGGUGUUUCGUACACUUUCAGUCCGGAUGCAUUGAAAAAGAUUCUGAAUCCGUUGAGCAUCGAUUUGGUUGUUAGGGCUCAUCAGGUAGUGCAAGACGGGUACGAAUUCUUCGCUCAGAGACGUCUCGUCACAGUUUUCUCAGCUCCGUUCUAUUGUGGUCAAUUUGAUAAUGCAGCUGCUGUUAUGUCGAUUUCAGAGAACUUGGUGUGCUCGUUUCAGAGCUUUGCCACGCCAUCCAUCUUCCCAGACACGUCGGAAAACGAAGAAGGGAAGGAUGCCCGGGGUGGAGGUAUAGUGCCAGAAGCGGUUGCCAGGAGUGUUCUGAAACAAUUUAUUGAACUUUUGUGUUUUGAUGAAUAUUUGACUCACUCCUUGCGUCAGCUCAUCAAUAUAUCUGGCAAUAAAAAUAUAGAGCAAUGGACUGGAAGAGAACAUCAAUCGAGUGAAAACCUCCGCAUUGAUAACAAAGAUACCAGUAAGCAGCAUAACAGUGGCAUGGAUAGCAAGGUGAAGAGUGUGAUCGCUUCGGAUUGUGAGAAUCCAAAUGUUAUUCCAUCGUUUCUUCUCAAACACAUCCUUCCAUGCAGAUCGGAUUGCCAGAACCUGAUUGUUAAGGUGAAGAACAUCGAUUCAGAAUACGCCGAGGUGAAGAAAAUCGACGCUGGAUUGUAUGCGAAUAUCGUAACAGCAAGGAGUCCUUGUUUCACAUUUCUCGUGAUCAUUGUGACAACCAUGAACAAUGCCAUACCCGCCGCGUGGAAGAAGAACAAGUUGAUAGCGAAGGAAAGGAUUCCAGUGAGAACCCACGAUGGGAAUGACCAUCCUACGGUGCUGAGCGUGUACUGCUGA